AUGGAAUCCUUCCUCGAGGAGUUACAAACACUUGAGGUGCCCGUCUGGACGCAGGCCGACCUCCUCGAGCACACCAGAGGCUGCCGCUCGAGCCUCCUGGGCCGCGGGUUCUCCGGAGAAGCCCAGCUGCUCUCCGACGCCCACCGCUGCCUGGUGGUGAAGCGGAUAGGACUGGACAGCGAGGAGUUCUUCUUCCAGGAGGCGCGAGCCCUGGCCAAGGUCCGCGACGCUCUCAAGCGCUUGCACGAGGCGGGCGUAGCUCACCGGGACCUCCACGACGACAACGUGUGCGUCCUCCUCGGCGAGGAGCGAGUGCGAGCCGAGAUCAUCGACUUCGGAGUCGCUCACUUCGAGGCCGACCACAAACUGGAGGAGUUCAAGCAGAACGACCUUUACGUCCUCGCCGACUUCGUCGAGGAGACAAGGAGGCUGUUUUGCCUCGCGGACGUUUCGAAAGCUGAACCGAGCGCCGAUAAGGAGAGCGAGGAGGAGGAGGAGGAGGAGGAGGAGGAAGCCAAUUCCGAGUCCGAGGAAGACAGCUCAGAGGACGACGAGGACGAGAGCCAAGGCCCCGUCUCCGUGAAGCAGCUUGCAGGACUCCUCAAGCGCAGGAGAGAUGCUACGGACAAGAACCCGUUCCUCCGUCAAGCAGCCAAGCGUCGGCGGUGGUGA